AUGAAAGCUGAAGCAAAAGGCACCUGUUUACAUUACCAGCUCGUGGCCGCCAGUCUGGUGGCUCUUCUGGCCUUCACAAAUGCUGAAGAAGCCAAGAAAGCAGAAACGGAAGUGGCAGUGACUGACAACAAGGAGGCGGCCUCCGACGACAAGAAACAUGAGAAGCGCGGGCUCUUGAACCUCGGAUACGGACAUGGAGGAUUCGACAGUGGCUUCAGCAGCGGAUAUGGAGGCGGCUAUGGCGGUAGCUACGGCGGCGGCUAUGGUAGCGGCUUCGGCGGUGACUUCGGUGGCGGUCUAGGUGGUUACGGUGGGCACGAAGAGGUGCACAAGACUAUCACUGUGGUCAAAAAUGUACCAAUUCCCUACCCAGUAGAGAAACAUAUCCCAGUCCCCGUUGAGAAGCGUGUUCAUGUACCUGUCAAGGUCCCAGUACCCCAACCUUACCCCGUUGUCAAGCACGUUCCUUACCCAGUCAAGGAAACCGUGAAAGUACCAGUUCACAUACCUCAACCCUACCCCGUCGAGAAAAAGGUGCCUUAUCCCGUACACGUGCCAGUAGACAGGCCCGUGCCCGUUAAAGUAUUCGUACCCCAACCUUACCCCGUAGAGAAGCACAUUCCUUACCCAGUCAAGGUCCCAGUGCCAGCACCCUACCCCGUUGAAAAGAAGGUUCCUUACCCAGUGAAGGUCCCAGUUCACGUACCAGCACCUUACCCAGUCAUUAAAGAGGUGGGUGUUCCCGUCAAGGUUCCCGUAGACAGGCCUUACCCUGUACACAUCCCUAAACCAGUACCUUACCCAGUAGAGAGACCCGUGCCUUACCCAGUAGAGAAACAAGUGCCCUACCCCGUUAAGGUGCCCGUCGACCGCCCCGUGCCUGUGCACGUUGAGAAGCCAGUACCUUACCCCGUAAAAGUUCCCGUCCCAGCGCCAUACCCCGUCGAAAAACACAUUCCCUACCCAGUUGAGAAGCAUGUGCCAUAUCCAGUGAAGGUCCCCGUAGACAGGCCUUACCCGGUCCACAUCGAGAAACACGUACCUGUUCACAUCGAGAAACCCGUGCCUUACCCAGUCAAGGUGCCCGUUCCGGUUGUCGUCGGUCACGGUCACGAGUAUGGUCAUCAUGGAGGCUACUAA